CUCUGCAUUGUCUUUCAUAUAAAGAUGUUUCCAGCAAUUUUCUGCAUUGCAGCUAUCUUGGUUAUAAACAUUACACAUUGGCUUUACAAGUGGUGGAAUCCAGACUGCAAUGGAGUGCUCCCACCGGGAUCAAUGGGGUGGCCACUCCUUGGAGAGACUCUGCACUUCUUUGCUCCGAACACUUCAUCUGAUAUUCCUCCUUUUGUGAAGGAAAGAAUCCAUAGCAAUCAUAUGAUGUCUCUGGUAUUAUUUUUCAGAUACGGACCAAUAUUCAAGACAAGUUUGGUGGGACGGCCAGUUAUAGUAUCCACAGAUGCAGAUCUUAAUUAUUUCAUAUUUCAACAAGAGGGACAAUUGUUUGAAAGUUGGUAUCCUAGUACCUUUGUGGAAAUAUUCGGCAGGCAGAAUGUAGGUUCUCUGCAUGGGUUUAUGUACAAGUACCUUAAGAACAUGGUUCUGAAUCUGUUUGGUCCAGAAAGUCUGAAAAAGAUGCUUCCUGAUGUUGAACAAGCAUCAAAUAUAUACCUAAAAAGAUGGUCAAGCCAGACAAUGACUGAGAUGAAGGAAUCAACGUCAAAGAUGAUAUUUGAUCUGACAGCAAAAAAGUUAAUCAGUUACGAUGUAGAAAAGUCCUCAGACAAUCUAAGGAAAAAUUUUAAAGCUUUCAUAAAGGGAUUAAUCUCCUUCCCUCUCAACAUUCCUGGAACAGCCUACCACAAAUGUUUACAGGGAAGAAAGAAGGCAAUGAAGAUGCUCAAAAGCAUGCUACAAGAAAGACGUGAAAGGCCAAGAAAGUUCCAAAGUGAUUUCUUUGAUUACGUCCUAGAAGAACUUCAACGACAGGAUACAAUUCUUACCGAGUCAAUAGGUCUGGAUUUGAUGUUCGUGUUACUAUUUGCCAGCCACGAGACAACCUCCCUGGCACUAACUUUAGCAAUGAAAUUUCUUUCUGACCAUCCUUUGGUUUUAAAAGAAUUGACAGAAGAGCACGAGGCAAUAAUUAAAAAGAGGGAAAUUCCAGACUCUGGAUUAACAUGGAAUGAGUACAAAUCAAUGAAGUUUACGUUUCAGUUUAUCAACGAAACAGUCAGACUGGCCAACAUAGUUCCUGGCAUUUUCAGAAAAGCACUGAAGGAUAUCAAAUUCAAAGGGCAUACCAUUCCAGCUGGUUGGGCGGUUAUGGUUUGUCCCCCAGCUGUGCACUUGAACCCUGCCAAAUAUAGCAAUCCCCUUGACUUCAAUCCAUGGAGAUGGGAGGGAGUAGACACAAAUGGUGCCUCAAGAAACUUCAUGGCUUUUGGAGGUGGUAUGAGAUUUUGUGUAGGAACAGACUUCACCAAGGUGCAGAUGGCCAUCUUUCUCCAUUGCCUGGUAACCAAGUACAAGUGGCAAGCAAUCAAAGGUGGAGACAUUGUACGAACUCCUGGUUUACAGUUUCCAAAUGGAUUUCACAUCUCUCUUUCUGAAAAAAAUGCACAAAAGUAGGAGUCAGCAAUCUAACCAAGUUGAUGCACAGGCAAGUCAGUUUAUGGCUAAGGCAUGAAACAGGAAAUUCUGGUUUUCCAUCCACACAUGCAGGACUGAUAUUCUCAAGCUACUAUAGAGAUAAUUUCAACAAUCAAACACGCUAAGCGAAAAUGGGAGAUAGCAAUAUUAUUACUUCUCCAUAGAAACCAAUCAAUGUUUUUUGCUCCGGAUAUAUACAAUUUUUUGAUGUCUAUACACUUGUUUUACCCAAACAGAAAAAGCAGUCGGUCUAGGAAAAAAGAAAAAGAAAGAGUGUUGCGUUGAAAUAUGUAAUACAGACUUAAAUAUAUGAUAUGAUAUCACGGAAGUAUAUGUGAUUUUGUUA